CACCUUGACGUCCAUUUCCCCCAUCAUGGCCAUCAAUAUUUUGGAUUACGACCACUAUGCCAUCAGUGCCAUUGUCACUGUCAGUAUGCAGAUCUUCUUCUUUCUCAUCAAUUCGAUACUGCAGCUGGAUAAAUUAACCGAUUUUGCUGGCGGUGUUAAUUUCAUCAUCAUUUCGUUGCUGACAUUCUUCCUGGGCCAAAUAGAUCGGCCAUCAAAGGCCUAUGAUAGCCGCCAAUUGAUGGUCACAUUAUUUGUAUGCCUUUGGGGCGCCCGUCUAUCUGGUUACCUGCUGUAUCGGAUUGUCAAACUGGGACGAGAUAAACAAUUCGAUGAUACACGAAGAAACAUCAUACGCUAUGCGGUCUUUUGGACAUUUCAGGCUGUUUGGGUUUACAUAGUCUCUCUGCCGGUAAUUAUCAUCAAUUCACCACGCCAUUCCCAGCCCAAUGCACCCAAAACAAUGACAACCUUGGAUUCGGCUGGAACGGGUAUGUUCAUUGUUGGUCUGCUGGCUGAGACAUAUGCCGAUUUGCAGAAAUUCUCGUUUCGCCAGGAUCCGGCGAAUCAGGGCAAAUUUUGCAAUGAUGGUCUAUGGCGUUUGUCACGCCACCCCAACUAUUUUGGCGAAGUUGUCAUCUGGUGGGGUAUAUUUGCCAUUUCACUUAAUGUCAUAUCCGGCCAUGAAUGGGUGGCAAUAGCCUCACCGAUUUUCACCACUUUUAUAAUACUAUUUCUAUCGGGAAUACCUUUGAGAGAAAGAUCAGCUGAUGAAAAAUAUCGAGAUCAACUUGAAUAUCGUAAAUAUAAAGCAUCCACCUCACCCCUGAUACCGGUGCCACCUGCCAUCUAUGUCGAAGUUCCCGCUGCAUUGAAAUUCAUACUCUGCUGUGAAUUUCCCAUCUACGAUACGAUGCAAAUUCAGAAGGACAUUAGCCCCUAUUCACUGUCCAUAGCACGUUCACAUUCACACAUAUAGCAGUCAAUUGCCCACUCUGGCAGUGGGCAACCUGUACACGGUACAGUGGGUCAUAGUCUGCACAAAUAUGGUGAAUCUGGUUCGGUGCAUAGGGGUCAUUGUUAUGGUGCUAACGGAGGUGAUCCUGAGAAUCAUAUGAAUUGUGGCGGCAGUUGUCGUAAUUCCUAUGUUAAGAACGCCAAUCCGUAUCAGAAUGGUUCAGGAUAUGCCGCCAGUUAUGCCUGUAAUCGUGAUGAUGAUACCGAUGAUGGUAUCAUAUAUAUGCCAGGACCAGCUUCUUCCAAGAAACAGCCACACUACUUCCCAGCACCCACCCAGCCCAUCGACACCUUCGAGGAGCCCUCUUCGAUAAUCGAUGUCGACGAACAGGGUGAGGGUGAUGUGCCCGCAGACUACGACGAGGAUAUACCUCCGAUCGAUUUAAGUAAACCGCCCAGUUUGCAGAGCUUUACGAAUAAUGUGCGUACGGAAAAGGAAGUACAAAUUAAUGCCGAUGGUAAACCGAUUACGGUAACGACAAUAUUGUGAUUUCAUUUCCUACC